UGUACUGAAACCACGUAUCGCGGGACACGCUGUCAGAAACCACACGUUUUUACCACCAUGAACCAUCUGUUGCUGAUCGUCAUCGUCCCAGUACUCGCCUCCGCAUUCGCCGCUCACGUUCAAACAUCAUCAUUAUUGUACCCAGUACAGAGCAAACGGAUCCGAACACAAGAGAAAAUCAUUACAGACUGUAUGACCGUGUGGUCCGAAGAAGGCCACCUAUACUACAAAUCGCUAACCAACGAUCCGACCGUGUGUGGCAUUUACAUAAUAGCAAAACCCGAGCAGACGGUUCACGUUUACUUUGAUUACGUAGACGUACCCUGCAAUACCGGUGGUUUAAUAGCGUUUGUAGAUGGAUGGGAACUCAACGGACAGUUAUUUCCCAAUGAAGAAGACCAUCCAAAAUCGAUAAAUGACCGUUUCUUCGAGAUGUGUGGUACAAAAAAACACAAACAAAUAUUGAAAUCGUCGCAGAAUGCUGCUUUGAUACAAUACAGAGUUCCACGUAGAGGAAAUGGAUUUAGCUUUUACGUAUCGUUCAUCGACAACCCUACCCCUUGCAACAUACUUAUGGCUGACAUUAGUGACGUGCACACGCUGAGGAAUUAUGGAAAACCAGUAAACUGCAGUCUGACGAUGUUGUAUCCGGCUCAGGUGAAAAUCUUAGCAUUGGGUGUUGGUCUCGGGCAUGAACAAAAAAGGACACCAACGGAACGCGAAACCGGCACGAUUCACAAGUGUGACAAACAAGGGUUGCCAGAUUUUGUUCAAGUCGGCGGUGGGGACGGCUUAGCUCAGUUGUCCAUGAUUGAUUCAAUUUGCGGCACAAACUCGAAACCAGAAAACGCUGUGGAGACGAUUAUGUGUGGGGUGACCACGGUGAGACUUGUUUCAAGUGGACAAUUUCACAACGCUGUCACAGUGGCUGUGACACCACCCGACGUCGAAGCUACGCCAUCAUUAGUGUGCGAGCAGUAGAAGCAGUCGUGUAACAAGCAAACAAAUAAAAUAAAAAAAUACUCAGAAAUCCCUAAUCUCCAAUAAAAUACAUGUUAUAAUGGCUAAUUAUUUGUUUUCGCCUUUAGAUCAUGUCUCCAAUAUUCGAUAGAAAGUAUUAUGAAACGCAUAAUAUAAUGAACGUUUAAAAUUUUUCCUUUUUUUCGUUUUGUAUAUUCGUACUUAAUACAUACACCUACACAUCAAAAAUUUACAUUUAUACAUACAUACAUAUAGUGGCGUGGCAUUUGUAUUUAAAUCUGUUAUCUACUCCUAUAUAUUUACACGUCCUAACUUUUUGUUAGCCCAAAUAACGUUUAUUUAUUAUAAUCUAAUAUCUUAGUAUACCAUCAUCACUGGUUACAUACUUUCUAUAACCUAAGAAAAUGCUAUUCAAAUUCAUAUUAUUCUUUUGCCACGCCACUUCUGAAAAAAUACCUGUAGAAACUAAUGAUACAUUGUAACACUGUAGUCAUGUGAAUAAGAGUGCUUGACUAUAACUAAUAACUGAUUGAUUGAUUAUAGUAUAAUAUAAGUUUAAACAUUUCAUAUUAUGUAUAAUACAAUAUAAUGUAAUAUUAUUAUUGAUAUCGACAUAUAAUCAUGUUUGCAUAUUAUUGUUGAUAUCGACGUAAUCAUGUUUGCAGUGUACUUAAAAUAAAUAUAUAAUGUAUACAACGAUGCGGGAAUCAAGAAUUAUAUGUAAUAAUAUUGACAGUUAU